AUGGAGAUUUGGGUGUAUAAAUACAGGGCAGUGGCAGAGGAGAGGAGAACGCAGCUCAGAUCCAACCAGCUCUUCAACCCGAGUAGAGACCCUGACUCCACAGCAAUGGCUCCCUCUGUUUUUGGACAAGCAAACAAGGAACACCUGACCCCUGCUCACAAGCUAAGAAAGCCAAUGGUAGAGAAACUACGCAGAGACCGCAUCAACACCAGCAUCGAGCAGCUGAAAUCCCUGCUGGGGCCUGAGUUCCUCAGGCAGCAGCCUGACUCCAAGCAGGAGAAGGCUGACAUCCUGGAGAUGGCUGUGUCAUAUCUGAGAAACUGGCACCAGCAGCAGAAGCAGGCCGGCUUGACCUCUAGCCCGAUGGUGGCUAGCGACGGUUACUCCCACUGCGUGCAGGAGGCUGUCAGCUUCCUGUCCCACUGCCAGGUCCAGACUCAAGCCCACAGGCUGCUACUCAGCCACUUUCACGGCCUGCAGGCGUCCAGCGGGACCAGUCACAGUCCCUGCAACCUCCCUUCUCCUCCUGGCUCCCCACUCCAUCAGGUCAGCUCCAGCAAGGGCGUAAGCCAGGUCAGCUGUGCUCUGUGGAGGCCCUGGUAACAUCAGGAGAUCACGGGAUCACCUGUGAACCGAGAGAGAACUACGUCUGUGAACGUCAUGGACAGAGAGUUAAGGACUUAUAGAGAAGUCUGCUUUCUUCUGCUUUAGCAGAAGAUUCAAUACUGUCAAGUGUUUUAUUUUGUGGUGAAAUCAGCACGAUGUGCCGGUACUCCUUUGGAAGGACUGAAAUGAUUUAGUGUAUUAUAUAUGAUACACGCUUUAUUAUUUGGAGUGCUCAUUCUGUGAAUGUGUUAAUUGUCCCUGUGGGAAAACUGCUCCUGACUUUUUGUUUGUUUUGCAAACAUCAUUGAAUUAUAUUAACCACAUUGGUUUGAAACUAUUUAAGUGUCCGAGACACUGAUCGAUGUGUUUACUGUUUGUCCCUGAUGCUGAGUGUCACUGAUUGACGUGUUUCAUCAGUUUGCUGUUGAUGAAUCAAAAACAAGCCAUAGAGAGAUCCCAUGGAUCCGUCUGUACUGUAAAUCUUAUAACGAUUAUACUUUUGUUUUAUUUGUAACCAUCAUUUGGCCUGUGUAUGAAGGAUACUGAUACUGUAACCGUUACCUGUCCACUUGUAAUGUUCAUAAUGGAUUUUUAAAAUCUUCAUAACAAUGCCUUUUAUAAAGGCCUUUUUUGCGCUGAUAUCAAUCUUUGUAAAAAGAAUCUGAUUUAUUGCUUCCUUGAGGAGUUUGAUAUUGAAAAAAUAAAUAAAUG